AUGUGGAACGACUGCAAUGUGGUGUAAGUCGGCCCCAGUUGUAUUCCUCUUACAUUUCUCUUUAAAGCCAAGGUCUUGAUAUAUUAGUGCAGCGCGGUUGUUGGCGCCCCCUUAGAAUUCUUGCUAACUGGCAAAAAACGAAGGCGUGCUAUCGGAUUUGUGCAGUCUUAAUGUUCCACCAGGUCAAAAGUUUGCGACUUUUGCGCCCCAAAAAGGGAAAAGUUCAUAUUUUCUUGAGGUGCAACUUGGACAACCGAAGUUGGUAGAGCAAAGCACGAACGUUUAUGCCGAAAGUACAUUACUUUGGGCAUUUUUGUUACAAUCUAAUGAGUAUAACCGCGUCUCCAACCCUUUGACUAUAUUUAAAGCUAAUAUAUGAUACAUGCCUCCCGAAAACCAUGCCGCUGUGUAGUCUUGUGUGUCUGUCUAGCAUGUCUACAUUCAAUGCUUCUUGUCCAACGGCUACUACCGAUAGUCAUUUUUCCUAUGCGCUUGCUGGCCGUGAUGUUGUGGGGUUACCAUGGCCAACCGUUGUGUCCGAAGAUAAGUACUGACUGGAGAAGCACAACCCCACCCACUUUCGUUGCUGAUGUGGGUUUGAAUAACUGCAAAGUAAUCAUUAUUAAUGCUGAAAGCAAUUGUGUGGCGAUACCUAGUCUUCCCAUCUUCUGAACUGCACGACCGCAUACGCUCCUAUGGCAGUUGUAGAUAAAGUCUAGAAGGUCCGCCAUCGGACCCGUUUUAAUCCAGUACCCAAAAUCGCCUGAAGAAAAUAGCUCUCGCCAUUUGCCUUGAUGCUGAUAUUUCAGAUGUAUCUUAGUGUUAGCGCUAGCAUCUGCGAUGUAAACUCGAGCUCUUUUAGAGAACCUGGAGGAUUGGUCAUGUUGGCUCCAGUUUUUACUUUAAGUCACACGUGACACUAUGAAGUCCCCUGUCCAGGCAUACAUUUUUACUGGGAAUGACAUCUGCCAAUCUGUCCUGGUUUCAGGACGUAAUAGGGCCGUUCCCCUUUGUUUUGAGCUCCGGUCUUCAGCUCUCGCAGGCAAUCACGCAGAAAAUGAGCAAUCCAGGGGCGUUGCCGACUAAACGAUAGAUAUUAGAAUAUCCAUUUCUCACUUACCAACCGUCAUCAGCCAGCUGUGUCCCAUACACAAUACAGGGAGACCUGAAAACGAUUGACAGCAAAUAAGAAAAAAAUUGGCAUUUCAGUCUCAUUUGGUUUGUCGGUACCACUUUCCAGUCUACGGUGUACCUGCCUACUGUCAAUUUCGAGCCGUGUUGUUCAGGUAAGCGGACCCUUUGAUAAGUGUAAUUGUCCUGAACCAAUAAAAAGUAACAUGCAUCGAAUCCAGCGCUUGUUGUUUCCAUCUUUGGUCUAGUUGUUUAUCCUUCCUAUUUCUUUAGUUCGGAGUGUGCCUAUCUCUUCCGUUCACACGUGAAAACCCACGCAGAUUCCGACCUCAAAACAGGAAAACAAAAUUCUGGCAAUGCCUUUCGAGAGGACUCUCCCCUGACUUGUCAAUGGCAGUUACCAUCCUUUCCAUUGGAGCUCUGUCCCCUCAAAAUGCCCUGCCGAAGGAAGUUAAGAGACCACUUGGCCGCACACAUCUGCUUACCGCUCCUUGUCUGUCCUUUUUGUGACACCGUACUCUACUCGAGACGCAGUUUCUACAACCAUCUGGGUAUAAAUAAACACACCCCCACGUUUUGUGGUUCCCCCAUAUGCGCUAUCUCUCCGUUUCGUUUGAACAUGCCUCCAUAGGGUUGCGUAUCGGAGUUGUCGCAGUGAAUGCUGCAGACGUGCGACUUCUUUAGGGCUUAAACUUAUGCACUUCUUGCUGAAAACCUAGUAAGAUUCCUCAUUUGCAGUAGUCCCUGGCCUCAUGGCUUAUUCUUUAAUUUGGGUAUUCACCACUGUACUGUCUCUUUUUAUAAAAAUCGACUACUCAGCUAAUACUACCAUCGUUCGAAGGAAGUUGUAGUGGCUGGUACGUGAACUUAGCCUUCUGCACAUGUGCUGGUUCCUGCAUACCUACAAGUCAGACUUCAAGGAGGAGAGUCUCCGAUCCCUCAUCGAAAGGGUUGUUAUAAGGGCCACGUUAAGACAGCUCCAUUGACGUCUAGUUCAUAGUUCGGGAGGCGGAGUAAUCCUGUAAUCCUCUAAACCGCAACUUUUAGCUCGUUUUGUUGUUUGUGGGCUCACACUUUUCUACACAUACUGAUUGCAAGUCUGAGUGAAAUCCACUAGGGAUGGUUGGGCGGGAUGGCUGACCUGUCGCAAAGUCCCCCGUCUAACAUAUAUAGCCCAGUGGGCGUGCAAAGCGAAAGCUAUAAAUUGUUUGUCGUGCGUUACUUUUAAUAUGGUCCAAUUUCUUGAAUGCCGCUGAGAAAUGAAAAAGCUUGCCGCUGGUCAAACCUCAUUAACGGUCCAUAAUUUGGUGUGUUACUUCCGACUUCAACCUUUGAGAGGUCUUAAAGCCGAUUUACUCGUGUUCAUAUAUAGUCUAUGCUCAUAUCCUCUCUUUGUAGGAAGUAGCGGGAAAAGUGCUCAUAAACCACCCUCGAAGCGCUGUGGACGUCCUACUUUGCGACCUCUGACUAAACGAUUGCCGCUGCAACCCAUCUUACCCAAGACGGUUGCCUUGACUUCUGCCCCAAGUGCUUCGAACUGCACCCUCGGAUCACGGUGA